AGACUGUCAUGCGAUUCAAGCAGUGAAUUCCCUGCUUGUUUAUUUCGAGGAUUUUGCACAGAAUUAAUGAACAAAUAAUUAUAGGCCUAUGUGAUAACCGUGGGAAAAAGAACUGUACGUGGUUGUGGAUGUAACUGUUGCACUUUAAAUACAGACAUGAACCACUGAAGCUGAGACGGACAAGGACUGCAAUAAGCUCACGUGACGAGCUCUAUUCUCCCACCACCAAAAGAUCUCAAUCAUGACACCCAAAUGGCUGGUUAUUUUCCUUUUUCUACAAUCUGGGACCGAAAAUGCAUUCCCUAUGGCCCCGACCAAGCUUCCCCCUGAGACAGGCACCUACAGGGUCACAGACACAAGCCUCACUCAUCUCACAGUGCACAGCCGGACGGGAGAGGUCUAUGUGGGAGCAGUGAACCGGGUCUAUAAGCUGUCUGCCAACCUAACAGAGCUGCGUUCACACAUGACUGGCCCCGUGGAUGACAACGCCAAAUGUUACCCCCCUCCCAGCGUCCGAGCUUGUGCACAUAAACUGGAGUCCUCUGACAACGUCAACAAGUUGCUGCUGGUUGAUUACGCUGGCAACCGCCUGGUAGCAUGUGGAAGCAUCUGGCAGGGUGUGUGUCAGUUCCUGCGGCUGGAGGACCUCUUCAAGCUGGGAGAGCCCCACCACCGCAAGGAGCAUUACCUUUCUGGAGCCAGGGAGGCUGACGGCAUGGCAGGAGUGGUGGUUGACAGAACAGAAGGGAAGUGGAAAAAUGAGAAGAAGGGGGCGAGCCGGCUGUUUAUCGGAGCAGCCAUCGAUGGCAAGUCAGAGUAUUUCCCUACCCUGUCCAGCCGUAAACUGGUCGCUGAUGAAGAGAGUGUUAACAUGUUCAGUCUGGUCUACCAGGACGAGUUUGUGUCAUCACAGAUCAAGAUACCCUCCGACACUCUGUCCCUCUACCCGGCGUUUGACAUUUACUACGUGUAUGGAUUCUCCAGCCGUACUUACAUCUAUUUCCUGACGUUGCAGCUGGACACACAGCUCACCCAGAUGGAUGCCACCGGUGAAAAGUUCUUCACCUCCAAGAUAGUGCGGAUGUGUUCUAAUGACACCGAGUUCUACUCUUACGUGGAGUUCCCCCUGGGUUGCACCAAGGAUGGGGUGGAGUACCGGCUGGUCCAGUCUGCAUACAAGCACCGUCCAGGUCGGAUGCUGGCCCAGGCCUUGGGGCUGUCUGAGGACGAGGAUGUGCUGUUUGUGGUGUUCUCCCAGGGCCAGAAGAACCGGGCCAACCCGCCUCGGGAAACGGUCCUGUGUCUCUUUACCCUGCAUCAGAUCAACCUGGCCAUGAGGGAGAGGAUCAAGUCGUGCUACCGUGGGGAAGGCAAGCUGUCCCUGCCCUGGCUGCUCAACAAAGAGCUACCCUGCAUCAACACGCCAAAGCAGAUUGGAGAUGAUUUCUGUGGGCUGGUGUUGAACCAGCCUUUGGGGGGUCUACGGGUGAUAGAGGGGACCCCUCUGUAUGACGACCGCAUAGAUGGCAUGGGAGCAGUAGCAGCCUACACCUAUGGAGACCACUCAGUGGUGUUUGUGGGAACCCGCAGCGGACACCUCAAAAAGAUCCGAGUAGAUGGCAUACCUCCCCCAUCCCAGAGUGCUUUGCUGUAUGAGACCGUUACAGUGGUUGAAGGGAAACCUAUUCUGCGUGACAUGGUAUUCAGCCCUGACUACCAAUACAUUUACCUGCUGAGUGACAAACAGGUGAGCAGGUUACCUGUGGAGAGCUGUGGCCAGUACACCACCUGCAAGACCUGUCUGGGCUCUGGAGAUCCCCACUGUGGAUGGUGUGUUCUUCACAACAAGUGUUCCAGACAGGAGGCCUGUGAGAAGUGGGCCGAGCCGCAGCAUUUUAACACGGAGCUGGACCAGUGUGUGGACAUUAGUGUCACACCUAACAACAUAUCUGUGACCUCUACUUCCACCCAGCUGAGUGUGAAAGUGGUAAACGUGCCCAGCCUGUCAGCCGGGGUGACGUGUGUGUUUGAGGAGUUGACAGAGAGCCCAGGGGAGGUGCUGGCCAAGGGGCAGAUCCUUUGUAUGUCCCCCUCCCUCAGAGAUGUCCCCUCCCUCGCACAGGGAUACGGUGACAAGCGAGUGGUCAAGUUCUUCCUGAAGUCCAAGGAGACAGGGCACAAGUUCAUCACCACUGACUUCAUCUUCUACAACUGCAGCGUGCUCCAGUCGUGCACCUCCUGUGUGAGCAGCCCCUUCCCCUGCAACUGGUGUAAAUACCGCCACAUCUGCACCAACAACCUGGCAGAGUGCUCCUUCCAGGAGGGACGCGUCAGCAGCGUGGAGGGCUGUCCCCAGAUCCUGCCCACCAGUGACAUCCUGGUACCUGCAGGGAUCAUUCGUCCAAUCACGCUGAGAGCCCGGAACCUCCCUCAGCCUCAGUCUGGACAGAAGAACUAUGAGUGUGUGUUCAACAUCCAGGGCAAGAUGCAACGCAUCCCAGCUGUGCGCUUCAACAGCUCCUGUAUCCAAUGCCAGAACACCUCAUACUGGUAUGAUGGGGACGAGACGGGAGACCUGCCUGUUGACUUCUCUAUCGUCUGGGACGGAGACUUCUUCAUCGACAAGCCUUCCACCAUGAAAGCCCUGCUGUAUAAGUGUGAGGCCCAGAGGGACAGCUGUGGCUUGUGUCUGAAGGCCAGCACAGCGUUUGAGUGUGGCUGGUGCCUGGACAACAAGAAGUGUCUCCUGAAGCAGCACUGCCAGACGCCGGAGCAGAACUGGAUGCACCCCGGCAGGCACAACGUCCGCUGCAGCCACCCCCGCAUCACCAUGAUCCGCCCGUUGACGGGGCCCAAAGAGGGGGGCACGCGAGUGACGAUCGAGGGGGAGAACCUCGGGCUGCAGGUGCGGGAGAUCGCCCACGUCCAGGUGGCUGGGGUUCGCUGUAACCCUGUGCCCUCCGAGUACAUCAGCGCUGAGAGGAUUGUGUGUGACAUGGCCGAGGCGCUACUGCCCCACUCUCCAGGUGGCCCAGUGGAGCUGUGUAUCGGGGUGUGCAGUGCAGAGUACCGCACUCAGUCAUCCCAGACCUACUCCUUUGUGACCCCCAGCUUCAACCGUGUGCGCCCGGAGAAGGGCCCCGUGUCUGGGGGGACCAGGCUGACAAUAUCAGGCCGUCAUCUGGACGCUGGGAGCACUGUCACUGUAUUCAUCGCCCAGGAGGAGUGUCUGUUUGUUAAGAGGACCAAAAGGGACAUUGUGUGUGUGACACCGUCGUCACUGUCUGGCUCAGGCCCCGCGUCAAUCAAGCUGUUAAUUGACAAAGCUGAAGUCACCAGCAGUGACACACGCUACAUCUACACAGAGGACCCCACCAUCUCCAGCAUCGAGCCCAGCUGGAGUAUAGUGAAUGGUAGCACCUUGAUCACCGUCACAGGUACCAACCUGCUCACCAUUCAGGAACCCAAAGUCCGUGCCAAGUAUGGAGGAAUAGAGACUACUAAUGUGUGCACUGUGGUUAAUGAUUCUGUGAUGACCUGUCUGGCCCCGGGCAUCAUUUACACCAAGCACCAGGCGCCAGAGUCAGGCCUGCACCCCGACGAGUACGGUUUCAUCCUGGAUCACGUGGCCGCACUGCUCGUCCUCAAUGGGACACCUUUCACCUAUUACCCCAACCCCACCUUUGAAACACUAGGGAACUCUGGGAUACUGGAGGUCAAGCCUGGCUCUCCCAUUAUCCUCAAAGGAAAGAAUCUGAUUCCCCCUGCGCCGGGCAACACCCGCCUGAACUAUAGUGUGAUGAUUGGUGAAACUCCCUGUCUGUUAACCGUCUCGGAGUCUCAGCUGCUCUGUGAUUCGCCAGACCUGACCGGGGAGCAGAGAGUCCUGAUUGUGGUGGGUGGUCUGGAGUACUUCCCAGGCACCCUGCACAUCUACUCCGACAGCACCCUCACCCUGCCGGCCAUCAUCGGGAUCGGGGCGGGAGGAGGGGUGCUCCUCAUCGCCAUCAUCGCCGUACUUAUCGCCUACAAGAGGAAGACCCGGGACGCUGACCGCACCCUGAAACGCCUGCAGCUGCAGAUGGACAACCUGGAGUCCAGAGUGGCCCUGGAGUGUAAAGAAGCAUUCGCUGAGCUGCAGACAGACAUCCAGGAGCUGACCAAUGACAUGGACGGAGUGAAGAUCCCCUUCCUGGAGUAUCGCACCUACACCAUGAGAGUCAUGUUCCCCGGUAUCGAGGAGCACCCCGUCCUCAAGGAGCUGGAUGUAAGUUCCCCGGCCAAUGUGGAGAAAGCCCUGCGUCUGUUCAGCCAGCUGCUGCACAAUAAGAUGUUUCUGCUGACCUUCAUCCACACCCUGGAGGCCCAGAGGUCCUUCUCCAUGCGGGAUCGCGGCAACGUGGCCUCUCUGCUCAUGGCCGCGCUGCAGGGCCGCAUGGAGUAUGCCACCAUGGUGCUCAAACAGCUGCUGGCAGACCUCAUCGAGAAGAACCUUGAGAACCGCAACCAUCCCAAACUGCUGCUCCGACGGACAGAGUCUGUGGCAGAGAAGAUGCUCACCAACUGGUUUACGUUUCUGCUGCAUCGAUUCCUCAAGGAGUGUGCGGGCGAACCUCUGUUCAUGCUGUACUGUGCCAUCAAGCAGCAGAUGGAGAAGGGGCCUAUAGACUCCAUCACAGGGGAGGCGCGCUACUCCCUCAGUGAGGACAAGCUCAUCAGACAGCAGAUUGACUACAAACAGCUGACUCUGAUGUGUAUCCCUCCGGAGGGAGAGGCAGGCACGGAGGUCCCGGUGAAGGUGCUGAACUGUGACACGGUCACUCAGGUGAAGGACAAGCUGCUGGACGCUGUAUACAAGGGCAUCCCCUACUCCCAGAGACCCCAGGCUGACGACAUGGACCUGGAGUGGCGACAAGGUAGACUGACCAGAAUUAUCCUUCAAGAUGAGGACGUCACCACAAAGAUUGAGAGUGACUGGAAAAGGCUCAACACCUUGGCCCACUAUCAGGUGACCGAUGGUUCUCUGGUAGCCUUGGUCCAGAAGCAAGUCUCAGCCUACAAUAUUGCUAACUCGUUUACCUUCACCCGCUCUCUGAGCCGCUAUGAAAGCCUUCUGAGGACGUCCAGCAGCCCAGAUAGCCUGCGCUCCCGUGCCCCCAUGAUCACCCCUGACCAGGAGACUGGCACCAAGCUCUGGCACCUGGUCAAGAACCACGAGCACGCUGACCAACGGGAGGGCGACCGCGGCAGCAAGAUGGUGUCUGAGAUCUAUCUCACCCGCCUACUGGCAACCAAGGGAACUCUGCAGAAGUUUGUGGAUGACCUUUUUGAGACAGUGUUCAGCACGGCCCACCGCGGCAGUGCCCUCCCUCUGGCCAUCAAGUAUAUGUUUGACUUCCUGGACGAGCAGGCCGACAGGAGGCAGAUCACUGACCCGGACGUCCGCCACACCUGGAAGAGCAACUGUCUGCCCCUGCGUUUCUGGGUGAAUGUGAUCAAGAACCCUCAGUUUGUGUUUGACAUCCACAAGAGCAGCAUUACGGACGCCUGUCUGUCUGUGGUGGCCCAGACAUUCAUGGACUCCUGCUCUACAUCAGAGCACCGCCUGGGCAAGGACUCCCCCUCCAACAAGCUGCUGUACGCUAAAGACAUCCCCAACUACAAGAGCUGGGUGGAGAGGUACUACAGAGAUAUCAGUAAGAUGCCUACCAUCAGUGACCAGGACAUGGAUGCCUAUCUGGUGGAGCAGUCUCGUCUCCAUGGCACCGAGUUCAACACUCUCAGUGCUCUCAGUGAGCUCUACUUCUACAUUAACAAGUACAAAGAGGAGAUUUUGACAGCACUGGACCGGGAUGGGUACUGCCGCAAACACAAGUUGCGACACAAACUGGAACAAGCCAUUAACCUUAUGUCGGGCAGCAGCUGAGGGCGGAGGAUGGAAC